AUGGCCGGGCCUGGGACCCUGAAUCAACCCAGUAUCAUCUCAGCUGUCGCCAAUGUCACGUUUUUCGACAUUGAUAGAAUGCUAAAUGCGACGGUGGAAUCACAAGGCCUACCAACAGAGCUUCUCAAUAUGCACCAACUACGGCAAUCUGCCAGUGAUCUGUUCACCCAUUCAAUCCAAGACAACCUCCUGGGAGAUAUCGACCUUCGCCAAACCAACGUCCCAUUAGACCGGCUAAGUCUUCUUUUCGCGACUCUUGCUCUUCAUAGCUUUCCGAACCCUGAUCCUCAUAGUAUGCCGGCGUUCCUUGAACUAUCAACCAUCAUGACUGACAAUUAUGCGGGGGAACCAACGGUAGACCUUGUAUCAGCGAUUUUCAUCCAACAUACUUGCGUGCUUCGGACGGGCACUGGGAACAGGAGCCGGAGUUUGAUCGCUCAUGCAGUACAGGUUGCUCACGAUUUGGGUAUUCAGAAUCCAGACCACGACGCUGACCCGCAACAUCUACGGAUAUACCUUAUGAUUUACUUUGCAGACCAGUACUGUGCCUUGACACAUAAUACGGCGCCUUGCAUAAAGGCAACGGAUAUGUCCCCAGAGCUUUUCGACCCUCUUCUGGUCAGAUAUCCAAGACUGCAAAGAUUUGUGAAGCUCAUUUCGCUCAAUGGUCGAGUUUUAGAAUCAAUAUACACUAGACCCUAUACCUACGAUGCUGUGAUAGAUCUAGAGUCUAUUAUGGGCAACGUUUGUGCAGCUAUUGGGAAGCCUAUGUCUUCUGACGGACAAAGUGGACAGUCCAUUGAGUUCCACUAUGAGAAUCUGGUACAAAUACACGUAUUCUGGUCCCGAAUGAUUUUACGGGCACCCCUUCUCCUCUCAGAAAGACACUGGAUCUCAUCAUUGAGUGUUUGCCUCCGUGCAGCCCAAAUGUUGCUGUCCAUCUAUUUCGACAUUCUUAGACCCGUCAUUAUGUUCAUGGCAACUACAGCUCUGCAAUCCUACGAUGAGACCCUGAAAAGACAGCUUCAAACCACCAUCGUGUUGCCUCCAACCUGGAGACAAGUCCGCCGAAUCGCCGCCUCCAUAUUCAUCAUCAUAUAUGCGUAUUGGAAAGGAGAAGCUUCGCACGAAGAGGCUUCUCGAUCGGCUGCUAUGGCCCUUGCGCUGUUAGAGUUCCAGCGAACUAGAUGGAAAGCUGAAGUUCAACCCGCCAUCACAACUGUUCGAGGACUUGUCACCUUUAGCGGUCUCGAAGUUAAAUCAUUUAUGCAGCAGCUCGUGCCAGACGCAACUGCUGCCUACCUCACGAUAAUAUCAGAGGAAGGAGUUGCAGAGAACGAAUACGAAGUUGAUCAUACCCCUGUGGAGGACAACUGGGUGGCCAGGCCUCUCGAACAGUCGGCUCCCAUGGCAACAACGGCGUGGUGGGAACAGAACGAUCUUGAAAACAUUUUUGAUGCGGUGUCGUUUCAUGACCUUUCCAGCUUUGGACUAUGGGAGAACAAUUAA